AAGUUCUAGUUAAAUUCAACUGUGACUGAAGAAACAUCACCAGAACUUUAUUAAGAAUGGAUUCUGAUAAUAAACAUGAAAAUGAUGAGGAUGAAGAAGCAACAGACAUAAAAAGUGUUUCAUCCCGUGAUGCCAGUUGUGGGCCUGUAUCUGAUGGCAUAGCAAUUACCUCUGAGAAUUUUACAAACAAAAGGGGUUUGUCAGAAUCAUCCAGCUUGGACAGUGUUGCUGUGGAGGAAGACGGAAGUGCACUUGCUUCCAAACGGAUGAGAAUAGAGGCGGAGGAACCCCUUGAGACGGGAGAGCAGGGCACCUGUGGGUUGGACAUUGCGGAAGUCAGUGUCCACUCAGCUGAAGCACGAAAGGAGACCUUUUCCGCCAACAGCUCAGAUGGAGGCAGAUCCCUUCCCAGUGACUUCUCCCCAUCCUCUGACUUUAGCACAUUUGAAACGCUUCCUUUGAAAGCAGUGAGAAGGCCUGCUCAGGAAAUGGUUUCCCUUGUUCCAGAAGGACACACUCCUUUUCCUCCAGAAGAAAUGAGCGUUAGCUGUAGCUUUGGAAAUGCAGAGACAGUUCUCCAGUGCAGCACGUGUGGCCAUUCAUGUGCCUCUUGCUCUGCUUUGGAAGAGCAUGUGGAAUGUCACGUGGAACAGGACAAGGAAUGUGCCUGCUGCCGCUGUAGCCGCCGAGCAGAGGGCAGCUCGUGUCCUCACGUGCAUGUCAAGCAUACUCACGGGGCACAGAAAGUCUUCUCCUGUGACCUCUGUGGCUUCCAGUGUGCUGACGAAAACCUGUUGAAUGCACAUUAUCUUGGCAAAACACACCUUCGGCGUCAGAAUCUUGCUGCUCGUGGAGGAUUUGUACAAAUCUUAACAAAGCAACCUUUUCCUAAAAAAACCUGUGUCAUGGGGACAAAGAAUGUUAGAACAAAACCAAGAGCGUCUAAACCAAUAGCAAGGGGUGGAGAUUCAAAAGGAGUGCAGAAUACUGGCAGCAAAUUUAAAGACUGCAGAGGAGCCCCUUCUGAACAGACUGGUGAGGGCAGUGAGCUGCUUGUCCAGAUGGUGCCGUCUAGGGUGACUUCAUCAGGGAGAGGAGAGAUUGUUGAGGAAAAUGCUGCUUUGGGUAUAAUUCAAAAUCCUGAAUAUCAGGAUAAACAGCUACGGGGCUUAGUAAGCUCAGAGGGUCUUAUAGGUAAAUCAGAGUCCAUCAGAAACACCCUCCAGAUAGCUCAUAUUAGUAUCAGUACCACCUCAAGGCCAAAAUCUGAGCGAAAUGUCUUAAUGCUGGGUAGUAGCUUUCGCAGACGAAGUGGCACGUUUACUUUAAAGGGCCAGGCAAAGAAAAGGUAUAAUCUUCUAGGAAUUAAUAAAAGGGGUGCAAAUGAAACUCAGAGAAUGUACAUGAAACACCUCAGAACCCAGAUGAAAACAAACGGCGUGCAGUCAAUGGCAGAACAAAUACACUUGAGCAAGGAUGUCCAGAGUCUGUGUGUGACUGCCUCAGGUGACCCCGAAGCGAUGUCGGACAAGGCAACCGCUGACCGCCAGGUCCUGUGUACCUCCCCAGAGUGUGGUCACAGAGCUGCAGACAAGACAGACUUGGAAGUUCAUGUUAAAGGGUGCCAUGCAAGAGAGGUGCAGUCUCACUGUCAGACUUGUAACUUCUCUAGUCCAUCACAGAAAGACUUGGAGGAGCACUUGCACAGUAGUCAGCAUCAGAGUGUGACUCCUGCCCUCAGCUGCCAGUGCUGCUCCUUCAUCUCCUUGAGUGAAUCGAGUCUUAGAGAGCACAUGAAGGAAAGCCAUAGCAUGGGCUUCUUUUGCACCUCUUGUAAUCUGUUCUUGUCUGAGAAGGAUGUGGAAGAACACAGAGCUACUGAGAUGCAUAGCAGCUUAGUGGUCCAACCAAAGAUGGCGUCCGUUUCAGCUUCAUGUACUGUAGAAUCAGAAAACACGGGGGGUUCUAGAGCAGAGUCAGGGGAAGCAGCUAAGGCGGAUCCGGCCGAGUCGAGGGUCAGCCACGGAACUGAAGCGAGGCAUUCGAGUAAGCCUCAGUUCCAGUGUAAGAAGUGCUUCUACAAAACAAGGUCUUCUACUGUCCUCACCAGGCACAUCAAGCUUCGGCACGGGCAAGACUACCACUUCCUUUGCAAGGCGUGUAAUCUGUAUUCCUUGAGCAAGGAAGGAAUGGAGAAGCAUAUUAAAAGAAGCAAACACCUUGAAAAUGCUAAGAAGAACAAUAUUGGCUUAAGUUUUGAAGAGUGCAUUGAGAGGGUGUGCAUAGGAGCAAAUGAUAAAAGAGAGGAGUGUGACAUCCCCGGAAGUGGGGUCCCCGAAGGCCAUGCCGGUGCGCGAUUACAGGAGCAUUCCCAUCGUGAGCAGGGCUCGCUAACUCCUAAGGAACUGCCACAGUCUGGUGUCAUCACCAAAGAUGAUGAACUAGCCUUAGCCACUACUCCAAAGAGAGGGAGGCCCAAAGGCAGUGUUUCACGGACCUGUUCACACUGUGGACUUUUGGCCUCUAGUAUCACAAAUUUGACUGUGCACAUCAGGCGUAAACACAGCCACCAGUACAGUUAUUUGUGUAAAGUAUGUAAGUAUUAUACUGUAACUAAAGGAGAUAUGGAACGUCAUUGUGCCACCAAGAAACAUAAAGGACGGGUUGAAACAGAAGCAAAUGGCAAACAGAGUUCAGAUAUAAUUGUUGGCCCAGAAGGGGGUAAUCUUGAAGCGUGUAAAAAGAACACCCCUCCAGCAGUGACUGUUUCCGAUGAAUGCGCUAACAAGUCCGCGGAGUCAGAUGCGCUUACUUUAGAUAAGCCAGUGGUUGAUUGUGCAAGUGCAGGAGAAGUUGAAGCCGAAAAUACAUUUCAUUCUGUAGAUGGAGAAGGUAGCAGCAGACACUCCCAUAAAAGGGGACAGGUACCCCUUGAGACAGAGGUCCUUCUGCAGCAGAUGGAUGCAUGCUCUCAGAGAGAUGCUGCAGGCUCUGGUGACAAUAAGUGCAUGCACUGUGAGUUCAGUGCUCACUCUGCGGCUUCACUAGACCUGCACGUGAAAAGGAAGCACACCAAAGACUUCCAGUUUUACUGCAUGGCCUGUGACUACUACGCAGUGACCCGCAGAGAAAUGACGAGGCACGCUGCGACAGAGAAGCAUAAGAUGAAAAGGCAGUCUUACCUCAGCUCUUCCAAUGCGGAAGCAGAUUCUUCAGAAAUGUCCAAAAGCAUCCUUAUCACGGAAGAGGAGCAUUCGCAAAGCCCCGAGGAAUUCAAAGUAGCACCAGACCAGUCACAUGCUACGCUCAGAUCUGGAAAUGCUGCAGGCUGCUCUGCUGUAGAUGAGAGUACUGGCUUAGAUGUGUCUAAAGCACUCUGUGAUGCCGACUCAGUGGAAAUUGUGACCGAGGAAGAUCAUUCCUUUUGUGAGACCUUGCAACAGCCCCUUGUUAAGGACAAAAGUAUGAAACCCAGAGAGAUAGUGUCCCUUAGUACUCACUCUAAUCAUGGCUUCCCAGGCUGCCUUCAAAGUGAAGAUCCAGGGAGCUGUGCUGUGGCUUGUGAGGCAGCAAAGACAAACCACGGCAUGUUGAGUGAUGUUGGUGACCCAAGUGCACGCUGUGAAGAUGAGGGUUGCAGUGCUGAUGGCAGUGGAGGUAAAGUUCUUAACAAGUCCCUCUGCUCUGGAGACUUAGAUGGGGGCCAUUCGGCUGAGUCUACUUCCUCUGUUGUGCUGAAAAUACCAAGAGAGCAGCUGCCCCUGGAUGGUGGUGGCCAGAACAAGGUUGGAAGCGAACAGAGUUCAGAAGGUUUGAAAGACGCUGAGAAGAAGGCAGUUCUGAUUAAUUCGCACCAUGGAACUGAAAUUGUCUUGGAAGAGGAUGGCCCGGCUUCUGAUGACACAGUGGACAGCAAUGAUGUUUAUGAAACUAUAAUAAGUAUUGAUGAUAAAGGACAAACCAUGUACAGUGUUGGCCGGUUUGAUUCUUCUAUAAUUAGAAUAAAAACUUCUGAGGAUGGUGAAUUAGCAGAUCAGUCGGAAGAGGGUCUGAUGGCGACAGGGGCUAGGGUUAGUGAAUUGCCCCUAAAAGACGGUGCUCAAGGUUUGAAGAGGAGGAAAGUUGAAGGCAGUUCCCUCGGCGAGUCCACACGAAUCCGAUGUGAUGAUUGUGGUUUCUUAGCAGACGGACUGAGUGGGCUGAAUGUUCACAUAGCCAUGAAGCAUCCUACAAAAGAGAAACACUUUCAUUGUUUACUUUGUGGGAAAUCAUUCUACACGGAGAGCAACCUUCACCAGCAUUUGGCUAGUGCUGGUCACAUGAGAAAUGAACAAGCCAGUGUAGAAGAGCUCCCAGAGGGAGGGGCCACCUUCAAAUGUGUCAAGUGUACGGAGCCCUUUGAUUCUGAACAGAAUUUAUUUCUGCAUAUUAAAGGACAGCAUGAAGAGUUGCUGCGGGAGGUAAACAAGUACAUAGUGGAGGACACCGAGCAAAUCAAUCGAGAGAGGGAAGAGAACCAGGGCAACGUGUGCAAGUACUGUGGGAAGAUGUGUCGCAGCAGCAACUCCAUGGCCUUCCUGGCUCACAUUCGGACCCAUACAGGGUCAAAACCAUUCAAGUGCAAGAUAUGCCAUUUUGCCACAGCUCAGCUCGGAGAUGCCAGGAACCACGUGAAAAGGCACCUUGGGAUGAGGGAGUACAAGUGUCACGUCUGUGGGGUUGCUUUUGUAAUGAAGAAGCACUUAAAUACUCACCUACUAGGCAAGCAUGGAGUUGGCACCCCAAAAGAAAGGAAAUUUACAUGCCACUUAUGCGAUAGAAGUUUCACAGAGAAAUGGGCCUUGAACAACCACAUGAAACUCCACACGGGAGAGAAGCCUUUUAAGUGCACCUGGCCCACAUGUCACUACUCAUUCCUCACGGCCUCUGCGAUGAAAGACCACUACAGGACGCACACAGGCGAGAAGUCGUUUCUCUGUGACCUCUGUGGCUUUGCUGGUGGGACCAGGCACGCCCUCACCAAACACCGCCGGCAGCACACAGGAGAAAAGCCUUUCAAAUGUGACGAGUGUAACUUCGCCUCUACAACCCAGUCACAUUUGACUCGUCAUAAGCGUGUGCACACGGGAGAGAAGCCCUACAGGUGUCCUUGGUGUGACUACAGAUCAAACUGUGCUGAGAAUAUCCGCAAACACAUUCUGCACACCGGCAAACAUGAAGGUGUCAAGAUGUACAACUGCCCAAAGUGUGACUAUGGGACCAACGUCCCUGUGGAAUUCCGAAACCACCUGAAAGAGCAGCACCCUGACAUUGAGAACCCCGACCUCGCUUACUUGCAUGCAGGCAUCGUGUCCAAGUCCUAUGAGUGUCGCCUGAAAGGACAAGGAGCCACCUUUGUGGAGACAGACAGCCCCUUCACUGCAGCCACCCUGGCAGAGGAGUCGCCUGUCAAGGAGAAGUCUCUGAGAAGCAGCAAGAGGCAGGCUUCACCCCCUGAGGAGGUCCAGCAGGUCAUCAUCAUCCAGGGCUACGAUGGGGAGUUUGCCCUGGAUGCCUCCGUGGAGGAGACAGCGGCAGCCACGCUGCAGACCCUGGCGAUGGCUGGCCAGGUGGCCAGGGUGGUCCACAUCACGGAACACGGGCAGGUCAUUGCCACAAGUCAGAAUGGGCCUCAUGUGGGCAGCGUGGCCCCUGGGCCCAUCCUCCCGGAGCAGCUGGGAGAUGGAGCCACCCAGGUGGUUGUCAUGGGGGGCUCUGUGGAAAGCCACAGUGCGGACGAGGCCCUUAGUCCAGGUGCUGCUGUGAUACAGCAGGUUACCAAGCAGGAGAUCUUAAGUCUCUCGGAGGCUGCAGCGCCUCCAUCCGACACCUCCUCAGCCUUAGAUGCCCUACUGUGUGCUGUCACCGAGCUGGGCGAGGUGGAGAACGGUGCAGGGCACGAGGAAAAGGCCAGGCCCAGCCACAAGGAUGUGCUGAUCCAGCUGCCCGGCCAGGAAGCAGCCCAUGCCCAGGCCAGCACAGACGGUCAGGAGAGCCCAGCAGCCAUGGGGGUAUUGACGCAGGUUGUCCGGCCCUCAGCCAUCAUCACGUCUCAGGAGCGAGCCCAGGUGGCCUUCAAGAAAAUGGUUCAGGGGGUCCUCCAGUUCGCGGUGUGUGACACAGCUGCCGCCAGCCAGCUGAUGAAGGAUGGUGUCACCCAGGUCAUUGUGAAUGAGGAGGGUGCUGUCCACAUGGUGGCCGGAGAAGGCUCCCAGUUCAUCAUGCAGGACGACACCCACGGCCUGCGGGUGCCUGCCCAACACGUGGACCUGGUGGAGUCGGCAGGGGAGAUCUCACAGAUCAUUGUAACAGAAGAGCUGGUGCAAGCCAUGGUCCGUGAAUCCAGCAGCAGCUUCCCGGAGGGUGCCACCCACUACAUUGUGACAGAGCUGCCUCCCGGUGUGCAGGAGGACACGGGCGUUUACUCCCGCACUGUGAUAGAGACGGCCAGCUCUCCAGAGAUCCUGCAGGCGGGGGCUGCUCUCGGCGCUGAGGCUGUGGGCACAAGCAGCACAGAACAGCUGACCAGCAUGGUCAUCUACACGCAGGAGGGCUCCCCGGCAGCCACAGUGAUCCAGAGCCAAAGAGAAAACACUGAGCUCCAAGAAGCAUGAGGCAGGCCUCCAUGCCGGGUACAGGGCAGUGUGCAAAGAUCUCCGCAGGCCAGCGCAGCGGCAGAUGAGCUUUGCUCGUAAUGUUUACUUCAGAGGUGUGCUGAACAGGCCCUUCAGGCAGGGGUAGCAGCGGCCAGUGAGAAGGCACAGAGCCCAGCCUACACCUAGGUUGCUCAGCAACCUCAGAAGAGUGUGGGCAGGAUGGACCCUGGGCUGUGCACAGAGGGUCACUGGGCCCUCUGCUCAUGGCCCUUGCCCUCCAGGCACCGGUAUACUGAGAAGCAAUUGUCCCUGGUUUUUCUCCCAUGCAAGCUCCCUGUUUAGUCAUCAAAAGACAAAGAUGGUGACCUCUGAUGGGAAAAAGGAACUGUCUGUGGCCUCAGACCAUCUGCGCCCGCUGCUGUCCUGUCCCUCCACGUCCGAUUAAAAUCGGAGCUACCGAGACUACAUCUUGAAGCAGUGAACACAUUUUUUUUUUUUAUUGUUAUUAAGUUUGAGAUAAUGGUGUUCCCAGACCAAAGGAAGCCUGUUAGUUCAUUUAUGUAUAAAUUUCCUCUCUGCGAAUAUUUUGGGUGUUUCCUUUGCCAUGGCCACUCUGCACAAGAGAAAUCUUUCAUCUGUGGUUUGAGAAAAGUCUUGAAAUUUUUAUUGAGUUAAGAUCCGCCUUGGUUAAGACAAUUGACUCUCACCCUGAAUUCGCUUCAUACUGUAACGUCUGCACAUGAAAUGUCCACUGUGGGAAAUCCCACUCAUUGCGUUUUGUAACAAACACCUGUUUGUGCCCGCAUCUUUUUUCCGGGGUUGACUCGUGCCUUUCUGAGGACGGGAAGGCUGACCCUGAACAUUACAGUAGAAGCCCACCCCUUGCUCUGCCUCCCAGCACUGCCUGCCCGAGCCAUGGUGGAUUCGCUGCAAGUGCUGGGAGUACGUUUAUGUUCUGGUAAUUUUUCUUGAUUCCAAUCCUUUUUUUUUUUUUUUUUUUUUUUUCAAAAUUGUAAAAUACCCCUUUCCUCCGAGGCAAAAUUGUUUUUGUUGUUUUCUUUGAAAUAAAAUUCUAGCAUUAAACUAA